AACGAUAUUGAUAUCAAUCGAUUUAAAAUUCAAUCGAGAAUACUUGUUGAUAAUAUAUUAUAUCGAUCGCAUUACAAUUUCGUUGCUUAUUUCUGCAAAAGUUAAAAGCUUACAAAAUAAGAUAUUUGGAUAAUACUUUCCAGCCACCUUGUUUGAACAAUUCGUUUGUUAAUGUUAAUCUUGUUAAGGAACGGAGUUUACCAGGGGAAUCCCCUAGGAAGAGCUACUUGAAAGCUAAGAGAAAAAUAGCUAAGACUGAAAAAGAUGCACAAAUUAAGCUUAAAUUGUAUGAUCCCUCAGAGUUUCAUAUGAUUAAUCCUUCUAAAAGGUCUAGGCUAGGAAAUCCAACAGGAUACAAGAUUGUUCCUGGAGGAACUGCAGCUAGUUUGCUUGAUCAUGAUGAUCCUCCACAAUUAAGAAGCGCCUUCACCAACAACCAGAUAUGGGUGACUCCUUAUAACAAGAGUGAACAAUGGGCCGGUGGGCUUCUAACUUAUCAAAGUAGGGGAGAUGACACUCUUGCUGUGUGGUCUGAAAGGGAUCGUUCUAUUGAAAAUAAGGAUAUCGUGUUGUGGUACACCUUGGGGUUCCAUCACAUUCCAUGCCAAGAAGAUUUCCCUGUAAUGCCAACAGUGACAUCAGGGUUUGAGCUAAAGCCUGUCAAUUUCUUCGAAAGCAACCAAAUUCUUUGAGCUGCCCCAGCUUUUGAGAAAGAUUUACCUGUUUGUAGGCCAAGUGCUUCCCCUUGAAGUCUUGAUUAGCACUUGAAAGCUCCUCUUACCAUAAGAUCCCAGUCCAUGCCUGCAAUAGAAUAUAUCUUACAAUUUAUCUACCUUUGAGAAAAAAAAGAUCAUAUUAUUAUCACAAUCAAAUGUAUUUUAGUAAUGUAUUGUUGAUUGUAAAUUCCAAAAAAUCAUUUUAGCAGUCUAAGGGGUUUAGGGAA